GCAUCGCGGGCGGUGUCUCGUCCGCGCCCAGCUGGCGGGAGCCGAGGGACACCGUCCGUCCGUCCUCCCUGCACGGCCCCGACAUGUUCCAGCUCCUGCGAGGUUUCCUUCUGCCCGCGGCCGCCUGCGACGGCAACAGGGAUGGCGACUCCCGCUACGCCAACCUCUUCCGAAAACUGGACCUCAACGAAGACGGCAGGGUGGACAUUGCCGAGCUCCAGACGGGCCUCCGGGCCAUGGGCAUCCCUCUGGGGAAGGAGGCGGAGGAGAAAAUUUUUAGAGCUGGGGAUACUAACCAGGAUGGACAGCUGGAUUUUGAAGAAUUUAUGCAGUAUCUUAAAGAACAUGAGAAAAAGAUGAAACUGGCAUUUAAGAGCCUGGACAAAAACAAUGAUGGAAAAAUUGAAGCCUCAGAAGUUGUCCAGUCCCUCAAGAUAUUGGGUAUAAACAUUUCAGAAAAACAGGCAGAAAAGAUCCUGCAAAGUAUUGAUGCUGAUGGGACCAUGACAGUGGACUGGAAUGAGUGGAGAGAUCAUUUUAUGUUUAAUCCAGCUACAGACAUUGAAGAAAUAAUUCGAUAUUGGAAACAUUCCACUGUACUGGAUAUAGGAGAUAGCUUGACUGUUCCAGAUGAGUUCACAGAGGAAGAGAAGAAGACUGGGCAGUGGUGGAAGCAGCUCUUGGCAGGAGGAGUGGCUGGUGCUGUCUCUAGAACAGGUACAGCACCCUUAGAUCGCCUUAAAGUCAUGAUGCAGGUUCAUGGUUCAAAGUCAAACAAAAUGAAUAUAGCCAGUGGCUUUAAACAAAUGUUGAAAGAAGGUGGUGUCCGAUCCCUUUGGAGGGGGAAUGGUGUAAAUGUUGUGAAAAUAGCUCCUGAAACAGCUAUUAAGUUCUGGGCUUAUGAACAGUAUAAGAAGAUACUCACUAAGGAUGAUGGAAAGUUAGGCACUGUUGAAAGAUUUGUAUCUGGUUCUUUGGCUGGAGCAACAGCACAAACUUCUAUAUAUCCCAUGGAGGUUUUAAAGACCAGAUUGGCUGUGGGUAAAACAGGGCAAUAUUCUGGGAUGUUUGACUGUGCUAAGAAGAUUUUAAAAAGAGAAGGUCCAAAGGCCUUCUACAAAGGCUAUAUUCCUAAUAUUCUGGGUAUAAUUCCUUAUGCUGGCAUUGACCUUGCUGUUUAUGAGCUCUUAAAGAGUACGUGGCUAGAGCACUAUGCCUCGAGCUCUGCAAACCCAGGUGUGUUUGUGUUGUUGGGGUGUGGCACCAUUUCCAGCACAUGUGGGCAGCUGGCCAGUUACCCUCUCGCUCUCAUCAGAACACGCAUGCAGGCUCAAGCCUCAGUGGAAGGAGCUCCACAGCUAAACAUGGUUGGUCUCUUUCAAAGAAUUGUUGCUACAGAGGGACUCCGAGGACUUUAUAGGGGCAUAGCCCCUAAUUUUAUGAAAGUGCUUCCAGCUGUCAGCAUCAGCUAUGUUGUAUAUGAAAAAAUGAAACAGAAUUUGGGAAUAGCAUGAAAUGAAGGAAAAAAGUGAGAUGCUUCUAAUACUGUUGGAAAAACCAGAACAAUGUUUUCUCAAGUAAUCUGCUCUCAUAAUUAGAGGCAGAUCUUUAUAGAGAGAUGCUGCAACUUCCACAUUUGCCCUUAAGUGGGAAGAAACUUUCUUAAAUUUUAAUUCACCAUUUUUAAACAGAUACCUAUAUUGCACUUUAAAAUGUCACUGAGAUGAAAAGAAAAUAUCAAGAAACUGUCUUUAAAUCAGCAGUAUGUUUUUAUUUUUAGGAAAUCAUGCAUGUUUUACUCAUCGGGGUUUUUAAAAUUUGUUCUUUCUAUGUGUAUUUGUCUUGGAUCAAACCAAAGGUAGGAGAAGUUUAUACUGCCUUGAUACUGAAUAUAUGAAAGUGACUUUUUGUUUUGUCACGCUGCCUAUACUCAAGCAAUUCACAGGCGACAUUUUGCAUGCCUAGAAGUGAGCACUUUUUUACUUUUGGAGACUGAAUAUUAAGUUCAUAAGAAAUGGGAUCUUGGAUACACACAAUGAUGGAAUAACACAUUAAAAUGUAGCCCAUCACCUUUGUCUUCAGGCAAACCUUUUUUAUUUUUCAUUAUUUAAAGAGCCUGACAAACUGCUGUUUUGCAGUAUUGGAAUACCUCAAAUGGAUUUACACGGUAUUUUUGUAAUACAAUCAGCAAUUUUGAUAACUUGCUUCACUGAACCUGCUUUUCAUUGCACUUGUAAAUGUCAGCACCAUUAACCAUGGCAAAAUUUGGGUUACAGCUGCAUGUUUUAUAGGACCAUAAUAACAAAGGAACAAAAAAAGCUUGGAUAUUAGAUCCAUUCCAUACAAGUGCAAGCUCCUAUUUAAAAAUAGGAUGGAGGAUCCAGUAUGAAGCUGGUAGUAAUUGCAGCACAGCCAGUGGCAGAGCUGUUCAUAGCUGCCUUGGGAACAGGAAUGCUUCUCAUUUUGGACUCUUCAUUCUUUCUCUUAUUCAGAGGGCUACAUCCACUAUGUGCUUUUAGCCAGUAGAGAAUUGCAUUAUGUAGUAAAGGUUUUUUACAGUUUUGUCAUGCAAGAUCAGUCUUCUGUGCAUGCUGGCUGUGGGUAUGAAAUUGGGAUAAUAAAAUACUGAAGUGUUUUGUCCUGGUGACCAAGUGGCAGUGCUGACCUCAGGUGCCCAUCAGAUUGAUGUUAAUGUAGCAUGCAAAGCAUGCACAUAGACCUGUUAGUCCUUGAGAAACAGCUCCUCCUCAAAAAACUAAGCAGACCUUCCUCAAUGCAGAAAAUGUGGUAUUUCCAUGGACAAGUCCUGACUUCCUCCUUUUUUUUUUUUUUUUUUUUGGUCUGUGUGGAGGGGCACACAGUUGCCUUCAGGCCUGAACACUGAAACAGAUUAACAAUUAUUACCAGACUAAUUUGUUAGGCUUUUUCUGCUUUCUGUAAUGUGUAGUGUCUUAAUCUUAGUAAAUUCGGGAUUAUACUUAUGUUGACCUUCUAAAAGCAACUGCUCUUAGACCACUUUCUGAAAUUGGAUUACUGAAGGAAGAACUUUAUUCUGUUAAGGUCAUUAAGGGUCUUCUUUUUAAUUCUUUCUUCUUUUUUUUGGGUGGGCAUGAGGGGUGCAUGGUUUUUUUGUUGUUUGUUUUUUUUAAGCAGACAAAUAAGCAAGCAAGCAAAAAUAACUGCCUGAAUCUCCCUUGUUCUACAUAUGCUUUGGGCCAUAUUUUUUAAACAGCAAUCACGGGCAAAUUUGUGUUCAGUGCUUCCAUGGCUGGUGUUUAUUCUCCAUAAACUGAUAGAUUGCAAUUCCAUAAAAUCUGUAUUAUAAAUUUUUUGUCACAUUUCAGAAAAUGGCAGCUCUAGCUGUAUUUUGGCCUUCCCUUUAGGGAAACGUUGGACUUUGCACUUUAGAAAAAAAAAGUCAUUCUGUCCAAAUCAUUUAUAUGUAUAAUGCCUUUCUGAUCCGAGUUUUUCUUGGUUUUGCCAAUAUCUUUGUACCUUGGGAUUUGUGAGAUCAGUUGCUGAUAAUUUUGUUUGACUGCGACCAAUAAUCAAAUGUAUUGUGUGUGUGAUGUAAAAAUGACUUUAGCAUUUCUAUCUUCCAGACUUGUUCCAUUUUGUUUAUAGUGUGCAAGUGCCAUUAUGAGUAUUGAAAUUAUGGUGACCCUUUCAAAUGUUGAAAAGAUGAGCUAUUUCAGAUUUGAUUUUUCAUUAUGUGCCUUGAUGAUGACUGUGUUCAAUUGUGUAUUCUUUGUCUCUUCAAUGUAUGUUUACCUUUCUAGCUCUAUAAAACUACCAGUUUCUAAUAAAUCUUCAUUUCCUUAUUUA